CAGUUUACAGCCAAAACUAAAAUAAUUUACUAAGAUAAAAGUUCGUCUGGUGAAAUGAAUAAUUCGAUUUGAAUCGUAGUAGUGCUACUGAAACUGGACUACCAAUUUUUGUUUAGCGUUCUCUAAGAUCUAUUUGUAACUCCCCAAAAUAAGAGUAGAAAGAGACUGAAAACUCAGUUAAUUUUUAAUAUUAAUUUCAUUUUCAUUAUUUUCAAAAAUGUCACUUCCACCAGGCUGGAAACGAGAAGAGGUUGUCAGACAAUCUGGACUGUCUGCUGGGAAGACUGAUGUUUAUUAUUUUACGUAUGUAUUUUGUAGUCCUAAUUAAUGAUAUUAUAAUAUAAUCUAAAACUGUAUAAUAAAAGAUGAAGGAUUAUGAAUUCUGAAUUAUGAUUCAGAUAAUAAUCAUAAUGAUAUGAAUGACAAUCAAUGUAAUCAAAUCAAUGAUGUGAUUAGUCUUAGUGAUUAGAUAGUUUGGCUGAUUAUUCAAUUUCAGCUAAUAACUAAUAAUACUAUUAUUAAUAUAUUCUAUUGUAUUUUGUAAGUCAAUGUAAGUCAGUACCAGACUGAAAUUAAAGGUAGGUACUUCGAUGAAGCAAGGGAGACUACUGAAAAUUUUUUAUUGGAAAUAGGCGUCGGCGCGCGAAAAUCUGAGUUUUUAAUUUUUUGAUAGUGGAACUAUUUCAUUCAUAAAAUAAUUACUAUAUCCCAGAAUUGUGUACCUCUUCCGGCCUUUUGCUUUUAGAGGACAUCUCUUGGCAUACAUUAAAUUAAUCAAUUUCUUUUUCAUUUACAGUCAGUCAGCUUUGAUAAAAUCCUUGGUGAAUAUAAGGCAACUUCAACCAUUAAAAUUAAGUUGAAGUAAAAGACAUGUCACUACCAAAUUUUGUAUGCAUCUGGGGCAUGUAAUGAUCUACAUGUAUGCCAAUUUUCACAGCGAUAUAUGUUUUACGAGAGACGCCAUGUUUCUAUGGGUUCGCAGCAGGUCAUGCAGUUCGCUCAGCCUAGUUUUGACAUGGCGUGAGCCAUGCCACCUUUUUAAUGACGGAAGUUGCUUAGGAUACUUAGGAAAUAUUAAAUUAUUACCACUAUUUACAUCAAAAUAUUUGAUAACUUGUGUUUCAGAAUGCAUUUUGAAGACAUUUAAACUGGAAUGUUUUAAUUUGAGCUUUAAAAACCCGGUAGAGUCCAUAUUAUAAAUGAUCAGAAUUUACAGAGUGCAACACGUUGUCAUUGGCAAUCAUUCACAGCCACUUGCAUAAUGACUGUAUCGUAGUACUACCUCAGAGUUUCAUUCAUAAGAGUUUGCCACAUGCAAAAACUAUUAAACCAUUGGUCAGGGAAAGCUUUAAUUAAUUAUUCAUGUACCAAAGUUGAAAGUUUAAACUAAGUCGACCCUAAACAGUAUUUUAGUGAUAAGGGAUGCGUUGCCUUACAUAAAGUAUAUAGUCAUUGCGCAUGACGUGAUCAGCAGAAUGAGGUCACAAGAUGUGGAGGUUUCGUCCAUAGUAAAAAAUACCAAGGAACUUACACUUUAAAAAAUUCGUACCUCAAAAAGUACUGAAGCUAAAAAGUUGAUUCUGGUUUCAUUUUUUUAUUUUAAAUUUGCUUUAACUAACUGUAUUAUUGAAAAAAAAAUUUUUCAAUUUUUUUUAUAUUUGUAUUAAAGUACCGGUACCUAAAUGUUUGAUUGAAUAUGGUAAUAUAUUUAUUUUAUAUAUUAUAUAAAAAAUAUAUUUUAUCUUCAUAAUAGAUUUAAAAUUAAGAUUUGUUUAAUAUUUAGAUGAAUUUAUGUUUUGAAAUACUUCACAUACAAAAAAUACUUUCUUUUAUUUUAUUUCAAUUUAAAGGUUUAUCAAAUGACGUAAUAUUAAUUAUAUUUGCAAUUUGUAGGCAAUCGUUGAAGCAGCAUAAUUCUUUUUUAAUUGUAGGGCUUCAAUGAAAAACUAAUGCUCACUUAGCAAAAAGAAUAUAAAAUUAAAAGACAUCCCCUAUGCAAGAAAAACUUGUACUAUAAUCUGAAUAUUGUAAAUUUAAUAUCAGUGAUCAGAUUGCAAUUUUGCUAUCAGAGAUGUAAAAUGAAUUAAUAUUUUAAGGGACACAUGGGUUUACCCGUCCUUAUGCUACUUAUUAUUGUUCUCCUUUUCAAUACAAACAAUUUGAUAUACAUGAUCCUAUAUUUUGGAGAAUAUUGUUCAUGUUGUGUUCAUAUUCAAAUAUGAUAUAUGGAAAUUUUACAGCCAUUUUGAAUAUUAAUGAACUCAUCUUGCGUAUCGUAGAAUUUAUUAUAUGACGUCUGUUUGGAUAAUGUUAUGACGAUCACGGUUAUAUAUGGUUUGUUAUGGUGCUAUGGUUAUCUUCAUUAAUUCCUUAAAUAACUUCAAUUUACCGCUCUUUUUUAACAUCUCUCUCUAUUUUCCUAUAUGUCUCAAUUAACAGAGUUAUCCCAAAAUAAUUCACACAAAAAUCAUAAUUUUCUUUAGAAACGACCUACAAACAUUACUUUGGUAUCAAUAAAUUGUAUUUGUCAGGCCCUAUCCUAUCUAACCAACUAGCUCUUAAAGCUACAACUUUAUUUUGAAAAUUUUAGCCAAGUACCUUUGAGUAAACUUACAAGUAUUCUUUAUAAAAUUUAGUCCAGAUAGUAUUAGUUAACACUAACACUAAAUUGUACAGCACUAACUUUUCUUUUUAUUGAUUCUUACAGCCCCCAUUGGUACAUAACGGAUAGCAUAAACCAUCUCUCCAUUUUCUUAAAUUUUUAAAAUUCACCCUUCAUGCCAGAGUGAAGUUUUUCAACCGAAAGCAUAUUCACACAAAAAAAACGAAACAAGAAAUUAGAUUUUUGAUAAAUGAUACCAAAAUUAUUUAUUGAUGGUUAACUUUUCAAACUAAAAGCAUGUUCACAAAAUAAAUUUAUAUAACAUUGGCAUGUAUAUUGGCAGUAUUGGCUAGUUUUAGGAGAAAUUAAAAUUAUGAGUUCAUUACCACUGCUUGGAUUUAAUUUAAUGAAGAAUACACAUAAGUUUACAUGCCAUUAAUAUGAAAUUUGAUCAGAAAUAAUAUAUGCACCUGAACUGCAAGAUUACCAUUGAAUUUGAAUAUUAUAAAAUGUAGGCCUUUAUUAGCCUUUAUUUAGCUUUAGGCCUAUACUUAGACUUAGUAUGCCUAUAUACUAUGAAUAUUUUAAUAAUAAUAAUAUGGUAAAUGUUGGUUUGGCACACCACUCAUUUCCAUGGCUGCCAUCUUGGUGGGUCAUGAAAACCAAGAUGAUCUGCCGUGUAAAAAAAAAAAAAAAGAAAAAAAGUAGUGCAGACACACAUCUGCUAACAUGGCGAGGGGAGAGAUAAUGUGCUAUUUUAGCUUCUUACCUAGAGAAAUAAAAAUAAGAACAAAAUGUUAAAAUUUAAUAAAAUAAUUGCAGCCGUUACAUUAAUUUCAUAUUGAACGUAGUUACUUUAUUGUAUCCCUCUAAAUAUGCAACAAGAAGUGUCAAUGACCUGCGGUCACCACCUUUCCUGGCCUAAUUUCAGCCAGUAAAUUAAUUUUGUGGCAGCGAAUGUAGCAACUUUAUUGUAUCCCUCUAGCUGGCGUAAUUUCAGCCAGUACAUUAAUUUCGUGCCAAACUUAGCAUCUUUAUUGUAUCCCUCUAGAUAUACUGCAAGAAGCGUCAAUGACUUGCAGUCGCUCCUUUUCUCUCAACUAAAACAUGUGUGCUACAGUUACACACUGUGGUAAGAAAAGUGUAAGAAUGAAGAAAAACAAUACCAAAUUUUUUUUAAAUAAUGAAAACCCAACUUACAGUUUCAUAGAAUACACUUUUCUUCUUCUUCUUCUUUAUUUUGAGGGCCCACGAUCAAUGAAUUGAUAAUUCUGGCUCCUAUAUUACAUACUUUUUUAUUAUUACACAGUAAUAUUAAUAUUCCUAUAUUACAUGGCUUUUACAUACUUUAUUGCAGGUUCCACCAAAAAUAAAAUCCAGAAGUUGUCAGAAAUCAAUACAAUGCCCAUUUUCCAAAAUGCUGGAAAAUGUAAAUAUUAUUACUAACCAACCAAUGAAAUUAUAAUUUAAAACAUUAUAUUGGCAUAAUAAUAUUUUAAAAAAAGAAAAGUUUACUCUAGUAACUAUCCAACAAUAAACAUAAGGGAGAGAAUCCUGCAAUGAAACUCAAAGUGGCACACUGAACCAAUGUUAGCCCUAUACUAUAUUUGAUUGGUAGGCUACUUAAGUCUUAACUGACUAAGGUAAAAAAAAAAAAAAAGCCAAAAAUUAUAAAAAUAGUACAUUUGUAGCCUCUACCAAAGUAUACCUAGAAAUAGAUCAAACUUUAAAAAAAAAAGGAAACCAGAAUAAACUUUCUAGCUUUAGUCUGAGUUACUCAGACUUAGACUUAAUAGUUUUAAAGCGCCUGUUUGCUUGUCAUAUUUAAUAUUACUAUGGACUGCACUUCUGCAUUUUGUGACUUGAUUUUACUAAUUGCAUGCGCUGUUCUUGUCAUGUGCUAUAACAGUAUAAAUCAUGUUAUGAGACAUUUAACAACUUUUAUUUGCAGGAUAAAUUCUAUACUAUUACUUUCAUUUGAAAAAGACAUUGAACAUACAUUAUGCUUUGGUAUAAAAAUAAAUAAUUUGUAGCCUUUAUUGCAGUGGUUCUCAACCUUUCUAGUGCCGCGACCCUUUAAUACAGUUUGUCGUGUCGUGGCGACCCCCAGCCACACAAUUAUUUUCGUUGCUACUUCAUAUGUGUUUUCAGAUGGUCUUAGGCAACCCCUGGAAAAGGGUCCCGCGACCCCCAAAGGGAUCGCGACCCACAGGUUGAGAACCGCUGCUUUAUUGCAAUCAUCGCUAUGUAUAACCUGUAAAUGAUGAUAGGCUAGCAUGUUAUGUGAAUUAAGGCUAUAUUUACUAUAUACAUUAAAGGGCAUCCAUAAAUAACGUCAGGCAUGGGGGGGGGGGGGGGGGUCCAAAUGUAUGUNUUAACAUUAUUUUUCUAUACAACUAUUAUAGUAUUAUUUUUAACCACUUCAUUGCCGCUGGGUUUCAGGGGGGGGGGGCGGGGGUGUUUUUGCAUCGAUUUUUGCUGACUCAGCAAAAAAUAUUUUUAUUAUUAUUUUUAUUACAUAUAUAUAAAAAAAGAUUAAAUUUUCGGUAUAUUUCAUUCUCUAUCCGAUUAGCUUUUUAACUUCUUUAUAGACCAACAAAUAAGGAAAUAUAUAGCAUUGAAAUUUGAAGUCGACGUGACAUCCUUAGUAUUUCAGAAAAGCUCUUUUUGUUAUGAUGACGAUGUGACGUCCUUGGUAAUUGAAAGUGUGUGAGAGUUGGAACGUCAUCGGUAAGGAAGUGGUUAAACUAGUAUCACUGAGAGAAUCAGUACAGGUAUGCGAGAUCCAAAAAAUGGCUUCUGAUCAAGUUAGGACGCCACAGAGUUGAAGAAUCGGGGUGUAGUUACAAUGACAGUAGUGAGAAUUUAUGUCUAAAUGUGGAGACAGGAGUCAUAGAAUUAGGACUACCACUUGAAGUGGGAUGGAACCAAAAGAAUGGUUGACCGAGGGGAGGGGGUUAUCUUAGCAAAUGCUCUAGGGCAGGGAUUCUUAACCCUUUUGCAGUGCUGCAGACCCACUCCAUUUUAAAAACCACUACCCCUACCCCACAAACCGUAUAAAUUAAAUUGUAAUCAAAUUUAAAAAAUAUAAACAUAAUUAAAUAAUUUAGUUAUUGUAGUUUUAUUUCUUUAAUUAACUUUUUAUAAACAAAGAAAAAAUUACCGAUACAAGUAAAUUAAUGCACCAACAAAAUUCACCAGAAAACCAUUUACUGCUGCUAAUCAAAAUGCAUAAAAACUGAUUUUUUUUAAAGCAGCAACAACUAGCCAUUGGAGCAAAUACAAUUUUAAUUUUCUGAUCUUCCACACCUCAGGGCUUGAGAGAUACUUUUACCCCUGAUUAAGAACCACUGUUCUAGUGAAAUGUUUGUGACACAGGUGCAGUAGUUUUAUAUCCAUAGGAGGUGAAUUUCUUAAGGGUUUGUAAAGGACAGUAGUGGACACAGGGAAUUUCUAUAACGGACUGGGGGCGGUGGGGUGGGGUGGGGUGUGAAUGCUGAGAUUUGUGAUGUUAUAUUUGAGAGGGGGUCUAACUUUUUGUGACGAUUUGUGACGAUGAGGGGAGUGGGGGGGGGGGGGUUAAAAAAUUGGCAAAAUUUGCAUGGCCCAUAAGGCAUUAUUGGUUAUAUACUGGUUAUGGACUAUUUCUAUUUAACUUUCAACUUUUGUAAAUGACUAAUUAAUUAACUAUUGUUUGCGCACUGCCCUCAAAGUUAUGAAUGAAAGUCUAUGGACUCUGUGAAUGAAAAAGGUUGGAAACCACUGCAAUAACAUGUACACUGUACUGUAGAGACCAACCGAAUUUCGGCUUCGGUUUCGGCGCCGAAAGUGGCCAUUUUAUCACUUUCGGCCGAAACUGAAAAGAUAACUUUCGGCUUAAUUUCGGUUUCGGCCGAAAGACAAUAGUAGACUUUCGGCCAUCCGGCCGAAAGUGACUCAGGUUUUCGGUCAUUUAAUACUCAGCGAAAGCGAUAUUUAACAACAAACUAAGCGACAUUUAAGAACAAAUUAAGUGAUCUUUGAGAACAAACUAAACGAUAUUUAAAAACAAACUAAGGGACAUUUAAGAACAAACUAAAGAUCUUUAAAACAAACUAAGCGAUCUUUAAGAACAAUCUAAGCGAUCUUUAAUAACAAACUAAACGAUCUAAUAGAACAAACUAAACGAUUUUUAAGACCGAACUAAAUGAUCUUUAAGAACAAAACAAAUAAUCUUAAAUAGUAAACUAAAUGAUUUAUAAGAAUAAACUAAGCGAUCGUUGACAGAAAACUAAAUGUUCUUUAGGAACAAACUAAAACAUCUUUAAGAACAAACUAAUCGAUCUUAAGGAACAAAAUUGAUUAUCUUUAAGAACAAACUAAGUGAUCUUUAUGAAAAAACUAAGCGAUCUUUACAACAAACUAAGCGAUUUUUAACAACAAACUAAACGAUCUUUAACAAUAAACUAAAUGAUCUUUAACAACAAAAUAAACGAUCUUGAACAACAAACUAAAGGAUCUUUAACAACAAACUAAACGACCUUUAACAACAAACUAAGCGAUCUUUAUUAACAAACUCAGCGAUCUUAAAGUAGAAACUAACCGAUCAACAACAAACAACUAAAAUAUCUUUAAAAACAAAUUAAGCGAUCUUUUAGAACCACAUUUUUUAGAGACCCUGUCUAAAAAAAUAAUAUUUUGCAUUAAUUUCCCCUCCUCCCCCCCGCCCCCCUCCCAAUUUUUGCCAAAUGUUCUCCUACCAUACUAAUUUUUAAAAAAAAUGUAAAGCAAUUUAAAUUACUUUUAUAUUAAAAUGAUAAAAUCCAAAGUAUUCAUUAGAUCAAGGGUCUCAAACUCAAAUCAUAGGGGGAAGGGGGGCACAGGAGGUAGUAAUCAAGUAAUCCACAAAAAAGCGAUUACAAUUGUUACAAUCUGCUCAACCUUUAUAAAUAACAAUAAAAUCAUUAAGGGUUCUCAAGAACUACUCACUGUUGCCAGAGACCUGGUAUACAAAAAUAUAUAGAAACAUUUUUUAAAAAAAUCAGAAUUAGACUAGUUGGUGAGAUUCGACUGAAACCGUCGCGGAAAUUCACGUUAUAGAUAUGAGAAUGGGGGAAACAGGCCGGCGCAUUUACACUAAACUUUUCUGUCAUGUAACGGGCUGCAAAAUAUCGUCUUGCAGGUCACAAAUGGCUUGCAGGCCGCGAGUUUGAGACCCCUAUAGUAGAUGUUUAUUUAUUAAUAUUCACGAUAUCUCAUUUUUUAUAAAAACAAUGUAAAUAUUUAUACUUUCCCCAAUCAUUUUCGAUGUAUGCAGAAUGUAUGCGGGAACGAAUGUCAAAAAUCUUAAUAUUUCAUUUUUGGUUUCGACUUCGGUUUCGGGCGAAAUUCAUUUUUAACUUUCGGCCUUUUUUCGGUUUCGGCCGAAAGUCAUUUUUAAACUUUCGGCAUUUUUUCGGUUUCGGCCGAAAGUCAUUUUAAACUUUCGGCCUAUUUUCGGCUUUGGCCGAAAUCCGAAAAUCACAUUCGGUCGGCCUCUACUGUACUGUCAUGCUGCCCAUCACACUACUCUAAAUGAGGAAAGAGACUCCAUGAUUCAAGACCCAUAUUACCCUUUUAAACUAUUAAACUAUUAAAACUAUGUCUGAAAUAAAUGAUUGAACCUUAAAAUUGCUCUUAACUGAAAUUAAAGAAGAAAUAUCUGUACUGGAUCUGAAAGUAUAAGUGAGCUCCAUAUUGAAUAGGUUGGUUAAAAGUAUUCAUGUUGGUAAUAAUAAACAAAACUAUGAAAAACUAUUCAAAAAUAAUUUGUUUGUUUUUAUUUUAAAUAUAAUUGUUAAAUGUUUUUUGCUUGUUCAUAUUUUUUAUCUAAAUAAAGAAUAUGUAUUUAUACUUGAAAGAACCUGCUUCAGUCCUUGUGUUAAAUAAAUAUAACCUUGUUAUACUAAAGUGAGAUAGUAUUUUCAGAAUUACAAGGUUCUGUAGAAAAUCUAAAAAAUUAAUAUAAAAUCAAAACCAAUUCAUAGAACAUUCAUUUUAAUGAUCAUACCUUGAAUUGAUAAAAUAAACAGAAAAUAACUACUUUAAUAGAAAUGUUUUUACUUUAUCAAAGCCAAACAUCACAUUUUCAGACUCGAAAUCUCAGUUUGACAAAAAGAUCACAUAGAAUGUUAUAUUAGGGGGACGAUUCCUUAUUCUUAUUAGGUUUAGACAUUUUUUAAUUUUUAAAUAUACAAUGAAAUAAAUUCUAGCUAAAAUGUUGGCCUAUUAUAUUGUACAGCUCAUUUACAGACUGUGACUGCCUAGUGUAAUCAAACAACAUUUCUCAUUUCUUUUCAGACCAGAUGGUAAAAAAAUUCGAAGCAAACCUCAGCUUGCUCGCAUUCUUGGUGAAGCAUUUGAUUUAAGUGCCUUUGAUUUCCGAACAGGGCGAACUGUUUACAGUGCAUGUAGAAAAAGUAAAAGACAAAAAGGUUCAUCUUAUGACUUUGCAAGAGGUGUGUAGCUAAUUAUUAUAAACUAUUGUAUACAUAAUCAGAUCUUUCAUAAAAUCAGAACCAAUGUAUUAGAAAAAUGUACUUGAUAAAUGUUUUAGAUUCGUUAUUUAAUUUACAUUUUAUUGAAAUUUGGAAAUGAUAUCCCAGUGAACAUCUCAUUCCUAUGACACUAAGGAUUGUAUUUACUGUUUUUUAAAGCAAUUUUGAGUAAUUUUUUAAUUAAAAAGUGACAUAAAAUUGGUAAUGAAGCAUCUAAGUACUUUCAUAUGUUUGAUAAACCCAACCCUUAUGACUUUUUAAACUUUUUCCCAAAUUAUGAUCAGGAGUCAGACAUGAUGCAAGCCUAGUGCUACCAAUCAGGCAAACUGCUUCCAUAUUUAAGCAGCCUGUAACAGUAAUCAAAAACAGAUCUGAAAGCAAAUCAAAAGCAGAACUUAAACAUGGGAUCCAAGACCAACCAAAGCAGGUUACAUUGCUUUAAGUUUUUAUCUUGUUUAAACCAAUCUGUUCAGGGUUACUUAGUUUCCUGAGAACAAAGAAAGGUUCAGCAGUAAUCUAAUAACUGAAUACUAAAAGGGACUCAUUUAAUAUCCAAAAUUGAUUAUAAAUGGAUUCUUUCUUCUUUUUCGCCCCAAAUUUAAGUCUUCUGAGGCUUUAAAUCAAACCUCCAACUUUUAAAAAAGUCAUUUGCAUAUUUUUAUAUAAGAAUAAGCCAAUGUCAUUGCUUUGAGCUCUGUUCAAUAGAGCGAAAAGUAAAAUUCCCCUAAAUUAAAGUGCACCCAUAUGGUGUGAGAUAAACUUUGUAUUUCUAAAAAAAAAUGAGGUUCUCAAAAGCUAUGAUAUGGAAUUUUGUUUAUUUUAUGGAAAUUUAAUUAAUUUAAAUCUUAUAAAAUAAAUCUGCCUAUAGUAGUGGGUAUAUGUAAUCUUUAAUAUGUAAGUAUUUUUAUAAAUUAGAAAAACAUUUAAUAUAAUAAUUUAAAGAAUUAUUUUAAGUAUAUAUCACAUUGUGAGAGUUGAGCUAUUGUAUAAAAUGAGAUUGACAUUCUUUUCUAUUUCCUACGUUUUUCUCUUAUUAAUUUGAAAGCAAACUUCAUUUAUAUAAGUGAAGUCUUAUGGCAUAUAUUUUGUCAAAUUUUGUUUUUUAAAUUUCAAAGGCAAGGAAAGUUUUGGGCGAGGGGCACAUUCAUAUAAAUAUUAAUAUCUCCAAACGUGAUUAUGUUACAUAUUUUAAAAAAAACAACAUUCUUUAAAUAUACAGAACUGUUUUUUUUAAGAAAAUGUAGUACAUUUUAUACUAAAAGGGAGUGUGACAUAAGAAUGUUAAUAUAAUUUAGUGGCAUGCAGUAGCAUACCUAGGUGGAUCACCAUCCUGGGGUUGCUAUUAUCAAUAUUUUAAAGGGGGGGGGGGGUUAUGUGCAAACUUUAGAUUUCGCCCCAGGCAGCUCUUGAUAUGCUACAUGAAAAGUAUAACAAUAUCUCAAAGUCCAAAUAGGUCACACACAGAAUAUUGGUAAAAAGAAAAUUUUACAAAUGUUGAAAUAAUGUAUUUACCUUUCUACCCCAAACACAUUUCAGGGGGAGAAAAGAGGGUGUAAACAUUUUUAUGCGGAUGGCUAAUAUCUUUAAAUCUCAUGAUAUUACAACCUGAAAAAGUGGUUUUAGAUUUUCUUUUAAAAUAAAUAAACAUGUCUUAUACCAAUGUCGGUUCAAGGCCGUUGACACACUUUGGGCAUUUUUACAUAAGUAUACCCAUAUCUCAUUGAAGUUGUGGAAAGGGAAAAUUGUGGAUAAGAUUUCCAUUGAAAUUAAGAACAUGGAGGAAAUUCUUAUUUUACCAAAGAUACAGUUCAGGGGCGAGAAUAACGGUUGUCACAUAUUUAUGACGAUAACAAUAUGUUAAUAUUAAAACUAAUGUAUUGUAAACAUUGCAUGUGUGAAAGAAAGAGAGUGGGAACAUUUUUAUGUGAGUAACAUUGUCACAAAACCAAUAAUUUUACCAACAUAAAAAUUUAAUCUUUUAUUAUAACUUUUAAAAAAAGAGCAAUCAUUUUUUUCAUUUCCCAAAAAUAAAUUUUAGGGGCAUCAACAAUGAUUGGUUAAGAUUUUCUUUUUAAAAAAAGGAAAUAUUUGUCUUUUCAUUUUUCGUAAAUUACAGUUCAUGGAAAAGUGUGAUUAAAUUUUCAUAAAAUUAAUAAUAUUUAUAAAAAAACAAGAGGCUCUUAGAGACGUGAAAAUUGGUUCCGAAAUUCUUCUUUAACUAUAAAAAUGUCAAUAUUUUUCUGAAUGAUUUUCCAAUAAUGUAGAUCAGGAGCGAGUCAAAAAGUUGGUUAAAUGUUAAAUGAAUAUACCAAUACAUCAAAAUCCAUUACUGUUACAGAUGUUUAAAAUGGUACACAGAUAUUUUUAAAAUUAAGGACAUGUUUUUACAAAUUUUAGAAAAAAUUUUCCUUGUAGUUCACUAGUUAAAAGUUUUUGGUAAGCCUAUAUAAUAUCGAAGAUAAAAAUUUCUCAAAACUCUGUGACGCUAGAAAUGUAAACAUCAAUGCAAAGAUACAAAUUUUUUUUUAAAAAGCCUUAUCUGCUAUUUCCUAAAUACACAUUUCAAGUGUGUGGAAUUUUUUGUUGGUUUGUUAAUGAUACAUCAAACCUGAUUAAACUACAUAAUAAAAAAAUUGGAUUUUUAGAUGUUGAGACAACAGCAGGGAGAAAGUAGCGCAGUAACAAAGGGUCAAAUUUUAUAGUUAUUUAUGUUUGAUUAUUCUUCUUCUUUUUAAAUGAAUCAAUUUGCAGAUAUUCUGGGAAAAGCGUCUCCAGGGUUUGCGUGCUUGCGACAGUAAUGAGGAAGUUAUUCCUUCUAUGGAGUUACCCAAACAAGUGCAAAGUGAGUUUAUACCCAUUAUGAUCUAAAGUCCAAGAAAUAACUGUAUUACUGGUAUCAUAUCAAUUUCUUUUAAGUUCUGUAGAAACAUUUUUUCAAAAAGUAAACCUAAGGAGAUUUCUUUGGUUGCUUUUCAUUGUUUUUAAAGACUUGGAUCAUUAAUCCAGUUCCUUUCACCUGAGAUUAACUUUAUUAAGCUUUUAUCAUUCUCAAUAUUUUUAAGGUAUUGGUCCAGAGCUCACCACAGAGAAUGUAUUACAGAGCAUAUCGGCAGCAUUACACAUAAAUACAGGACCCGUGGUGGGACAAGGAGCAAGCAAACAAGUUAUUCUGAAGAAUCCUAGUAUUAAUAUGGACACUCAACAACCACACAUUCAACAGGUGUGUGCAGACUUUUGAAUUCGAUUGUUUAAAAGAAAUAAUUAAAAUAUUAUCCAUCCUCAAUUAAGCUUAAAUUGUUUUGUUCCAGUAAAUAUUUUUGGCUCAUAAGAUAGCAGUGGUUCUCAAAUCUCUUUGGUGCAAUAAAGUCCUCUUGCUUUUUAGAAGCAAUUCUUAAUAGUUUGUAUGAUCCUCUAAGAUAGACAACAACACUAUAGCAUAGAAAUUAUAUAAUUAUAAGUUUUUAUCAAAAUAAACAUGUAUUUUUCUUUUAUUCAUUCAGUAAUGAUUAACUUCUUCCAGCAAUAUGGUAGCUUUUUAAAAUUUUACAGAAUAAUUAUUGGCAUGAUUUUUAGAGACUUAUUUGUGAUUCGGUUAGUGAAAUGUUACUAUUAUAAAAAUGUGUUUUUUCAAAAUCAAUGGGCAGGACUAUUAAUUAACAGCAUUCAGAAAAGGAGUCUAUGUCUUUGCUGUAGUGCAAAGUUAAAAAACCUCGGUUCACCAAGAGUUUGAAAAACAAUUCAGAGCUACUUAAUACAUUGUUUCAGGGCAUAUACAAGUUCUUAACCUUUUGUUUAAGCUAGAAACAUAUUUUAAACUGAAUUAGCUGUCCCUACGCUAAGUUAACAGCCCUGUUCCUUCACUAGGCUAACAGCCAUGGUAUCUUAAAAUUAAAAUAAAUAUAUUACACCAUGUGUAAUGUCCCUAAAAAUAUAUGUAAAUGUAGCAAAAUAAAAAUUCUCUUGUUUGAAAACCCAUCAGCAGUCACUUUCCACUUUAAGAACCCCUGAUCUAUAGUAGGCCAACUGGGCAAUGAUGUCCUCAAAAAAAUGUAUUUGUUACUAUUAAUAAUAUUUAAAAAAAAGACUUACAUUAUUUGCACGUCUACAUUAAAUUCAUUAUUGGUUAUAAACUAAUGAGCACCUAUUUUAAUUAUCUACCCAUCUUUUAUAAACCUUUUUAAAAUCUUGGUCAACUUUGAUUUUAAAAAAACUAUUUUCUUUUUUCUUUUUUUUUUUAAACUUAAACAUAGUCUAACUAAGUUUUUGAGAACAAAUUAUCUCGAAAUAUAAAUAUAACAUUUUUUCUUCUUCUUAUCUUUAGAUUCUUGUCUCAUCUGAUGAUAUUCACAGACAAGAGCAGCGCGUGCAGUUAGCCAGACAGAAGCUUCAAGAUUUAAUUCAAACCUUGGAGUGAUUUUCCGGAUUAAUUUAGACAUUUUUGAGUGUUAAGUUUAUAUUUUUGUGAACACAAAUGCUGAAUGAAUUGUAAACAAAGGUUUUAAUGCUUUAAAUUGAAAUAAAAAGUGUAACUUAAAA